CCGGACAUGGAGCGGAUCUUCCACUCAGGUCCGGGUUGCGGCCGGUCCAUUUCCUGCCCUACUAUGACAAUCGGGAUGAGGAUUCGAGGUGACGCUUUCUUUUCUUAAAGCUUCGGCCAUAUUGAAACUGGAUCCUAAAGCCAAAUAUCAGAGAAGCUUGCAAGCUUGAGCUUUUGCUCUUCUUUGUUUUGUACCCACAACAGAAAGGGAAGUGAAAUUAAAAUCCGUGUUAUUAAACAAUAGAACCCAUGGCCUUACUUGCUUCUCUGUGCCACAUUCAUGUCUGUGCUUGUCAGUCCCACACAAAUCAAGUAUUGCUUCCUUCUUAUCCCCCCUUACUCGCAUCAGGGAGGAAUAAGCGAAAAGUUUGCCCACUGAAGGCUGGCCUUUGGGAUUCAUUCAGAUCAGGCUUCCUGAAGAGCAACUCAUCUCCAGUGAUGGAAUCACCCUCAACAUCUGCAGAAGAGGAAGAAGAGCCUAUGCCUGAUGAGAUUGUACUUGUGGAAAAGAAGCUGCCAGAUGGAAUGAUUGAACAGAUAGUAUUUUCUUCAGGUGGAGAUGUUGAUAUUUAUGAUCUUCAAGCUUUAUGCGAUCAGGUAGGCUGGCCAAGAAGGCCCCUAACAAAAGUAGCUGCAGCACUGAAAAAUAGCUUCAUGGUGGCAGCUCUUCACCUAAUUAGGAAAUCUCCUGAUACAGAAGGGUAUGAUCAGAAGGUGCUUAUUGGCUUGGCUCGUGCUACAUCGGAUCAUGCUUUCAAUGCCACAAUAUGGGAUGUUUUGGUUGAUCCUAAUUAUCAGGGUCAAGGUCUUGGAAAGGCUCUUGUAGAGCAAUUGAUACGAGCGUUGCUGCAAAGAGACAUUGGCAACAUAACCCUAUUUGCUGAUAAUCAAGUUGUGGAUUUCUAUAAGAAUUUAGGUUUUGAAGCUGACCCAGAUGGCAUCAAAGGCAUGUUUUGGUAUCCAAGAUAGUGGAAAGAAGUGGCAAUCUUUCAGCCAUAAAUAUCAGAAAUUAGUCCAAGAUUUGGAAACCAUCAAAAUAUUUUUCUGUGUUCUUUUUCAAUUGUAUCAUAUUUUGCAUAAAUUAGAGCUUCCAAUUAUAAUUAGUAGCUAUACCACUCAGCCUAUACAUGGUACAAGCUACAUAUCCAUACUUCUGUAUAUUCUUAGCUUGGCAGUCUCUCUCUCUCUCUUUCUUUCUCUCUCUCUCUCUCCACCCUUUUUAAUGAUUAUGCCUUGUAACUAUACCACACGUAGCAUGUACAUGGUACAUGUUGCUUAUCCAUAGCUGUCUGUAUAUUGUUAGCUGGGCAA